CCAAGCUUGAUGUGCUCUGCAUACAAGAUCCCAGAUGUGUUUGUUUUUGUCCCGUGUAAAUAUUCAUUUAUUUUUUGAAUACAUUGAAAUAAUUGAAUCUCUUUUUUUCCAUUUUCAAAUUAAAUAUACCUUCCUGCAACCCGCCUCACUCAAUGUGGUACGGAUCUGCUAUUUUUUUUAAACCUUAUAACUAGAAUGGCCGAUUUAAUUAGGGCCGAUUUCAAGUUUUCAUAACAAUCCGAAAUCGGUAUUUUUGGGCGCCAAUUUGAUUUUUAAUGAAACAUUUUAUACCUUUAUUUAACUAGGGAAGUCAGUUAAGAACACAUUCUUAUUUUCAAUGACGGCGUAGGAACGGUUGGUUAAUUGCCUUGUUCAGGGGCAGAACGACAGAUUUUCACCUUGUCAGCACGGGGAUCCAAUCUUGCAACCUUACGGUUAACUAGUCCUACGCUCUAACCACCUGCCUCUCGUUGCACUCCACAACUGCAGUAGAAGCCAAGGUUGCAGGAGCUGACAGUCUGCUCAGAAGACACUGUGGAUGUGCACAAUAUAGAGCUCAUGCAGUACAUCAACGUGGACUGCUCCAAACUUAAAAGACUGCUCCAAGAAACGGUAUUAAAAUUCAAAGCCCUGAAGAAACCUGCCCAACUUGCCGUCAUUAACAGUUUGGAAAAGGCCCUGCUCUUCAACCCCACCAAGUCCUUCUCUCGCGGGGCAGGCAGCCAGAACGCAGACGUGGACCUCAUGAUCGACUGCUUCGUCUCCUGUUUCCGUAUCAACCCUCACAACAAUCAGCACUUUAAGGUCUGUUUGGCCUCCGCCUCCCCCUCUACCUUUCACUUUGUCCUGGUCAACUCCCUGCACAGAAUCAUCACCAAUACUCUGUCAUUUAAAGAUGAAAUGACCACCAGCCUUAAGUUCAAAGAGAACCACAGACCUGGAUACACGCAGCUACAAGUGCCUCCUCCUCGCUCUGGUCAAACUCAUCCAUGCUGACCCCAAACUCAUGCUGCACAACCCAGGGAAGCAGGCUCAGGAGACGCAGAGCUGAUCGCAGGCCUGGUGCAGCUGGUGCUCUUGGUCAGUACAUCCCAGCUUUCCCAGGAGGCCAUGGAGGCUCUGCUGGUGCUGCACCUGCCUGAGACUAUUGAGCUGUGGAACCCUCAGGCCCCCAUUGAAACCUUCUGGGACAUCAGCUCCCUAGUUCUCUUCCUGAUCUGCAAGAAGCUGAUUGGUCACCAGAUGGUGAACAGUACAGAGGUGUUGAAGUGGCUGAGGGAGAUCCUUAUCUGCAGGAACAAGUUCCUCCUAAAGAACAAGGAGUGUGCCACGCAGGGCAGUGGAAUCCCCAUCUGCAGACAGGCCCAGACCAAACUGGAGGUGUGUCUAUACAUGUUUCUGUGGAGCCCUGACACCGAGGCCGUGCUGGUGGCCAUGUCCUGCUUCAGACACCUGUGUGAGGAGGCUGACAUCCACUGUUCCGCUAACGAGGUGCUCGUCCAGAUCAUCCUGCCCAACUACGCCACCUUCACAGAGUUCGCCUCCGUCAGCAACAUAAUGGCCACCGGACGUUUCACCCUGCAGAAGAGAGUGAUGGCCUUGUUGAGAAGGAUAGAGCACCCCACUGCAGGCAUGGGAGGACACGCAUGCAAAAUGGGAGCAGGACACCAAACAGAUUCUGAACUUUCCCAAAAACAAGGUGGAGGAUGGUCAGGAGUGGAUCAACAUGACAGGCUUCCUGUGUGCUCUGGGUGGGGUGUGUCUGUCCCAGCGCAGCAAGCCCUGUGGCCCCACCACCUACAGCCCCCCCCCCAUGGGCCCCAUGAGCGAACGCAAGUACUCUAUGGUCUCUGUGGGCGUCUGUGAGGUCUCUGCAGCUGGAGCCUCAGCCACCUGCUCCUCCUCUUCCUCCACUGAAACCCCCCUGGGCAGGUUCCCGGACCGCCUGCUGGUCCUGCUGGUCCUGCUGGUAUGUGGUCAUGAGAGGGUGGGUCUACACGUCCGCACC